AUGUACGUUGUUGCACCAGCAUUACCACCACCAUACAAAUGGCUCCAAAUACCCUUGAGUGCAUUACAUACGGAUCGAUGGCCAGGCUAUCUUUCAACAUGGCCAAUCCGGCAAGGCGGGUCAAACCAAAUGUUUUCAGGUGAACUUAAAGCUUUUCUUCGAGGUUCAGGUGUGCGUAACACUACUCAUUGGCCACUAGUAUUUCUAGCAACAGCCACUGUGGUGACGAGUGCAGUAGCAUUAUACUAUUAUGCAUCAACACAUGGCUAUGAUGCAACAGGCAUCGAUCUACGUUAUUACUUGUCGCUACUCACCCCGCAAGAGUUAGGUCUCGUGCCCACGUUCAGUUCUGGCUUAUUUGAGCAUGGUGAAUAUGACGAUGACGAUUGUGACGAUGAUGAGCCUGUUGAUCCCGACCUUUUGGAUGGAUACGGCUCUUCUCAAUCAAAACGCCGUCAUAAUGUCAUCCUCGUCAGCUCGGAUCCAUCGAGUGAUUUAUGUCACCGUCCACUGCAAUUGGACCUAAUAGAUGGGAAGACUAGACGUGGAUUCUCAUCAGAACACACUUUAGCAAAGCCCCGCGCAUCCAUUUUAAAACGCUCUGCCUGUGGGUACUCACAGAGAAACAUAAAGAAAGGUCAUAAUCGAAGUUGCAGCCACUCUUACGCCUCUGACGACGAUCAUCUUGGCCGUUCGCUUUCCAAAUUAGUCCCAGAAAAACGUCUGAAAACGAGUUCGAGUUAUGAUUCCAUCCGGGCUUAUUGUAAAGGUUCACUUCAGGAAGAUCAAUCGAACCGGCGUACGAGAAGAAAAGUUCUUUUGACGGAGCCGGAUUGGGAGCCUUUCGCAAGCAUUCAUGGACGUGCGCGCCAGCGGACCAUUCUAGCCGUGUUGGCCAAGUCAUACACAUACAUGUCAUCAGAAGGUUCUGUUCCAUCUACACCAUUGGAAGAAAAGGCUCUCGAAUUUUUUUCACAGACACAGCCUAUAACUUCCGUUGAUGAGGAUGAUGGCAAAAAUUUUUGGUUUGAGCGCUUCACACAAUCUAGUGCAGCUGCUGGGAAGCGUCGGGACUUCAGGGGACGAAACAACCAUGCCGUUUCAAAUUUUGAUUCUGAUGCGUUUGGCCAACUAUUACUGCACCAGCAAUAA